AUGGCAUCGAACAAACGCUAUCGCCAAGUGGAGGUGGGCAACAGGAACUAUACGGAGGCCGCUGUGGUGAUCAUUGGCGCUGGGAUGUCUGGAAUGUGCACGGCCAUCAGUUUGUUGAAGAACGACAUCCACAACUUCGUAAUUGUUGAAAAGAGCGGAGGACUUGGUGGAACUUGGCGUGAUAACAAAUAUCCAGGCUGCUGUUGCGAUAUCAAUUCUCAUCUUUAUAGCUACUCUUUCGAACAGAACCCGAGCUGGUCAAGACUCUACCCCAGUCAGGAGGAGAUUCUAAUGUACCUUCAUGAUGUAGCCGAGAAGUACAAGCUGUUUCGUUAUAUUCGAUUCAAUUCCACCGUUGAAGAAGCUAGAUGGGACGAUGACGCCCGUAAAUGGCGGAUAGUGGUCAAGGUAGCAGGGGAAUCGAAAGACGCGGAAUUUGCAGAUCAAUAUACGCUCACAUCCGAUUUCCUCGUGUCUGCCGUUGGCCAACUCAAUUCGCCCUCCUACCCGCCAAUUCCAGGAAUAGAAGAUUUCCAGGGCAGGAUCAUUCAUUCUGCUCGGUGGGAUUGGACCUACGAUAUCAAGGGAAAGCGUGUUGGCAUUAUAGGGAACGGAGCUACGGCUGCUCAGAUAAUCCCCGUAAUUGCUCCCGAUGUCGCUCAACUGACUGUGUUUCAAAGAACACCUAACUGGGUGAUACCCAGAUUAGACACUGGCAUCCCUAAACUUGUUAGGGCAUUAUUCCAAUACUUCCCGCCUUCUCUUUGGAGACUACGUAGUUGGAUGAUGGACAUGCGAGAGUCUUCCCACGACGCCAUUGCAGACCAGAACUCUGAAUACGCGGUACGCGCCCGCACAAUCAGCCUCUCAUUGAUGAAGAAACAGCUCCCCAACCGUCCGGAGCUGUGGGAGAAACUAGUCCCCAAUUAUCCCAUGGGCUGCAAGCGCGUCAUCAUUAGCGACGAUUACUUUCCAACUUUCUUGCGCGACAACGUCACCCUUGAAACAAGGCCCAUCACCGAAAUAACCGAAAACGGCAUAAACGUCGACGGCGCCGCGCACGAAUUCGACGUCAUCGUGCUGGCCACGGGUUUCCGCACCGUCGAAUUCAUGCACCCGAUCCAAGUCUACGGCAUCAACGGCCGAGCACUCUCGGAUAUCUGGUCCGGCGGCGCACGCGCGCUGUACGGCAUCGCCGCCGAAUCCCUCCCCAACUUCGGCAUGCUCUACGGCCCCAACACGAACCUGGGCCACAACUCUAUCAUCCUCAUGAUCGAGGCGCAGGCGAAGUAUAUCCAGGCGAUGAUCAGCGCAGUGCUCCAGGCACGCCAGGUGGGCGAGUCGCUGAAGAUCUUACCGGAUCCCAAGCGUAUGGAUUCGUUUAACGACGAGCUGCAGAGUGUCCUUGGGACAACAUCGUUUGCGCACCCGAAUUGCCACAGCUGGUAUAAGCGCGCGGACGGCCGGGUUACGAAUAAUUGGUCCGGGACUGUGGUGCAGUAUCAGAAGCUACUGUCUAGGGUUCGCUGGGCGGACUUCAUACUGGAUGGGUAUGGUGCGCAGCAGCUGGCGGUGAAGCAGAAGCAAAAGCAUUUAGGACGCGUGAGGGAGGAGUCUCUGUUUACGAAUCGGGCUUGGUUGGUGACGAUGAUCGGGUUAUUGGGGAUUUGGGGCAUGUUGGCUGGGAAGGGUUCGAAGAUGUUGACGAAGCUGAGGGCUUUGGUUGGUUGA